UGGGUCACAGGAUAUGACGUUGGAGUAACCUCGUUGAAUAUAAAUGCGUCAUCAGAGUGCGUCGACAGGAUAUGGCAUAUAACCAAACGAAAACAAGGUCUGCUGUCUAGUUAAAACCUGAAUUUCGCCGGAUACUGCUGAACGGCGGCUGCUGGGAUGCCGAAGAAAUUCCAGGGUGAGAACUCCAAGGCGGCCACAGCCAGGGCCCGCAAGGCUGAGGCAAAGGCAGUGGCAGAUGCGCGCAAGAAGCAGGAAGAGGAUGAUGCCAUGUGGCAGGAAACCGACAAACAUGUACUAAAAAAAGAGCAGAGAAAGGACGAUAAGGAGAAAAAGAGGAUUGAGAUAUUGGAGAGGAAAAAGGAAUCCCAGCGCCUCCUUGAUGAGGAAAAUGCCAGAAUAAAAGGCAAAACCCAGAAAGAGGGUGGAAGUAGUGGAAAGGUGACCCGAGCCCAGAUAGAGGAGGCUAUUCAGAAUGUCCCGCAGCCUCAGCAGCUCAAGCCAAAAGACAAGAGUCAUCUGGAGGUUCCACUGGAAGAAAAUGUAAACAGAAUUAUUCAGGAGGAAGGAACAGUGGAAGCUAGAACAGUAGAAGAUGCCAUUGCUGUGCUGAGCAUUGCGCCUGAGGACCUGGACCGCCACCCGGAGCGCCGGAUGAAAGCCGCUUUCACGUCGUUCGAGGAAGCCAACCUCCCUCGCUUGAAGAUGGAAAACCCCAACAUGAGAUUGUCUCAGCUGAAGCAGCUUUUGAAGAAGGAAUGGAUGAAGUCUCCCGAGAACCCCCUCAAUCAAAAGUGUGCUGCGUACAACUCGAAGUGAAGGCAAUGACUGUGCCCCUUUUCCAUCGGCGCUCAUCACCCAUCGGAAAGUGUGUUAUGCACCUUGGAGACUUUUAGUUCAAGAUCAUAUUCACAUCCAUUAAAAAUUGAGUGUUGCUUUCAGGAACGUCAUUGGUCACGAUCUGACUUUAGCCCUUUUCACACUGCCUUUCCAUAAAAUGGACAUGUCAGAUGCGGAGGACAUUUAUCCGCAUAUGCCUUCGAUUCAUAAUACACCGAAGCCGGACAUUUCCGACAAUUAAUGCUUACAAAAAAUUUUAUGCGCAUCAACGUCAGUGCCUGCCUCUGGUGCGACGUCCAAAAUGCUUGUUGAACAGUCCCAUUGACUUGUCAAUGUGAAACUGGAAAAUUUGUGGGUUAAUUUCAAUCCCCUCCUGCCUAUUUGAAAAAUGAGAAAUAGCCGAAGUUGACGGGCAGUGCGAAAGGUGCUUCACUGACCAAGCAGAAUUCAAUUAGCUACUGUUUCUGUGUAAGACUAACCAUGACAUUACUUUCACAUUAACACUAUGAGAGGAAUUAGAGGCUUGACUUCAUAUGCUUUCACACUAAUGUGUGAAAACAGAACCUCACAAUGAUAACUCUCUCUUCUUUCAGUGUAAAGGUGAGGGCAUGUUAAUAUUAUGCGUGAUUCUUAUUUACAAAAGAAUGUCCCGAUUCAGCCGGCAAAUUGUUUUUAAGUUCAGUCAUCGGCUUUUGUUGCUUGCCCUUGAUUGACACCUUGUGUUUGAGUGGCUGAAUGGGCGUCCCUUAUCUGCUCCACCAAACUGUGGUCAUUACUUUGCUGUGAUUUUGAAGUCUCAUUUUCUCUGAGAUUAAAGUGGAUGAUGAUAUCUGA